CGUAAACAAACGUAGCUUAGCAAGCUUGUCAGUAGUGAUAAAGCUUAAGCAUUGUUGCAACGGCGGAAACGGCCGGUGUAUAACGACAGAUGUACAAUGUGUUUUUCUGCAGCCUAGAUCUCGAACGAUUUGAUAUCCGAUAACAGAAGACUCAGAUUUGGAGACAUUGCAGACGUUGUACAGGUGAAUAAUAGACUAGAGAUAGCUGGUUAAGCAGGUGCAGGUUUUAAGCAGGACACUGCGUUUUGUGAGGAUUUUUACUCAAGAGAUCACAACUUGCCACCAUGUCUACUUCAAACUUCAAGAAUAAGUGUGUGACCCAAGUCAACUGUAUAUACUGUGAUAGUCUGCUGUGUAUGAGAGGGAUGAAAGCUGUUCUGUUAGCCGAUACGGAAACUGAGUUGUUCUCAACCGACAUACCCCCAAACAGGACAGUUGACUUCGUGGCAAGCUGCUAUUCCACUGAGAGCUGCAAAUGCAAAUUAAGGGACAUUGCCUGUUUGAAAUGUGGAAAUGUUGUGGGAUAUCACGUGGUGGCCCCAUGCAAGCCCUGCUUGCUCUCCUGCAACAAUGGUCACUUCUGGAUGUUCAACAGUGAGGCUGUGUCCACCAUCAAUAGACUGGAUGCAACAGGGCAGAACCUGCUGCUGUGGGGGGAUCUACCAGAGCUGGAAGACAGUGAUGAUGAGAGCCUGGACAGUUUCUCAGAGGAAGAGUACCUCAGAUAGAACAACAGAUGGCCAAAGGAAGUAGACUCUUGACAGUGGUGAACUUGUCUCACUCUCACAAUUCUCAAUUUAAAGCACAUUGUCUAGUCUUUAGCUGACUGGGAAAAGACAAAAGAAAAAUGUCUGUGUUUACCAUCCCACCUUUAUUAAUUUGCAGUCUUAUGAUUUUCCCUUCAAAAUUCAUAGUUAACCAUAAUUUCAGCAUCCUCACAGAUCAGUUUGUGUGAAAGAGUGCCACUACCAAAGAAGUAAACAAGUUUCCGUUGUCUUUGCUUUAAGGUUGCAGUAGCACAAAACAUGACUAUAGGACCCUUAACAUUUAUGAUGUUAUCCUGUGAUGUCCUUUUACAAACUUUACUAACUGGAGGCUGCAAAUUAAGAUUAGCAUCCGUGUCAUAUCAAUUUAAAUUCAGUUUUGUUAAUCCAGGUGUGCUUUGGUACAAAUGCAUUUUCCAAUUAAACCAAGUGGCUACUAGAUAUGUAGAUAUAGUUGAAGUCAGAAGUUUACAUACACUUAGGUUGAAGUCAUUACAACUCACUUUGAACCACUCCACAAAUUUCAUAUUAGCAAACUAUAGUUUUGGCAAGUCGUUUAGGAAAUCUACUUUCCUAAAUAUUACUUGUGCUUGACACAAGUAAUUUUUCCAACAAUUGUUUACAGACAGAUUGUUUCACUUUUAAUUGACUAUAUCACAAUUCCAGUGGGUCAGAAGUUUACAUACACAAGUUAACUGUGACUUUAAGCAGCUUGGAAAAUUCCAGACUUAUGUCAGGACUUUAGACAAUUAGCCAAUUAUCUACUGAUUGGAGAUGUACUGAAUUGGAGGUGUAUCUGUGGAUGUAUUUUAAGGCCUACCUUAAAACUCAGUGCCUCUUUGCUUGACAUCAUGGGAAAAUCAAAAGAAAUCAGCCAAGACCUCAGAAAAUUGUUUUUGUGGACCUCCACCAGUCUGGUUCAUCCUUAAGAGCAAUUUCCAAAUGCCUGAGGGUACCACGUUCAUCUCUACAAACAAUAGUACGCAAUGAUAAACACCAUUGGACCAUGCAGCCGUCAUACCGCUCAGAAGUGCAAAUCAGUCCCAGAACAACAGCAAAGGACCUUUGCUGGAGGAAACGGGUUGACAAGUAUCUAUAUCCACAGUGCUAUAUCAACAAAAACUGAAAAGCUGCUCAGCAAGGAAGAAGCCACUGCUCCAAAACCACCAUAAAAAGCCAGAAUACAAUUUGUAGGUGCACAUGGGGACAAAGAUCUUACUUUUUGGAGAAAUUUCCUCUGGUCUGAUGAAACAAAAAUGUAACUGUUUGGCCAUAAUGAUCAUCGUUUUGUAUGGAUGAAAAAGGGUGAGACUUGCAAGCCAAAGAACACCAUCCCAACCGUGAAGCAUGGGGGUGGCAGCAUCAUGUUGUGGGGUGCUUUGCUGCAGGAUGGCACACUUCACAAAAUAGAUGGUAUCAUGUGGAAGACAUUUUUGUGGUUAUAUUGUAGCAACAUCUUUAGUCAUCAACCAGGAAAUUAAAGCUCAGUCACAAAUGGGUCUUCCAAAUGGACAAUGACCCCAAGCAUAAUUUCAAUGUUGUGGCAAAAUGGCUUAAUGACAACAAAGUCAAGGUACUGGAGUGGCCAUCACAAAGCCCUGAUCUCAGUCCGAUAGAAAGUUUGUGGGCAGAACUGAAAAAGUGUGUGCGAGCAAGGACACCUACCAACCUGACUCAGUUACUCCAGUUAUGUCUGGUGGAAAGGGCCAAAAUUCCAACAACUUAUUGUGAGAAAUUUGUGGAAGGCUACCCAAACGUUUGACCCAAGUUAAACCAUUUAAAGGCAAUGCUUUCAAAUACUGAGUGCCAACAAGUGUAUGUAAACUUCUGACCCACUGGGAAUGUGAAAAUUCUCUACUAUUAUUCUGACAUUUCACAUUCUUCAAAUAAAAUAGUGAUACUUACUGACCUAAGACAGGGAAUGUUUUCUUCAAUUAAAUGUCAGGAAUUGAAAAAAAACAAAAAAAAAAACUAUUUUAAAUGUAUUUGGCUAUGGUGUAUGGUAAACUUCUGACUAUAGAUAGAUAGAACCCCAAUUCUGGAAAAAGUUGGGACUGUAUGAAAAAUGCUAAUAAAAACAAAAAUUUGUGAUUUGUAAAUUAUAAUCACUGUUUGCUAUAUUUAAAGCUCUACAGCUACACAUUAUAUGAUGUUUUACCCUGUGAAUUUCAUUGUUUAUUUUUUUUAAUGUACAGUAAUUUCAAAUCAGAUGAUUGCAACGUGAUCCAAAAAAGUUGGAACAGUGUAGUAUUUACCAAUCUGAAACAUCACCAUUUCUUCUAAUAACAAUUUGUAACCAGUUUCACAGCAUGAGGAGGCGGCGGCGGGAACCGGCUGAACAACAACUUGUACUUUAAUAACAGAACAUAACACAAAUGGCAUCCUGGCCUCUCCUUAUCUCUCUGCCGCUGACUAGGCAACUCGGCGCCAGGCAUGCUUCAUCACAGCCCGGCCACACCCUCCUCCUCCUCGUCACACACUUUUUAAGCAUUUGGGCACUGAAAACACAAGUUUGUUAAGUUUAAAAAGUGGAAUUUUCCCCCAUUCAUCCAUUAUGUGGAUGCACAAUUGUACGGGGUCUUCGUUACUGGAUGGUGUGCUUAAUAAUGCACCACAAAUUCACAAUUGGAGAUGGUCAGGACUGCAGGCAGACCAAUCUAGCACCUGCAGUCUCUCAGUUUAUUCUGCCAGUAUGUGGUUUGAAGUUGUCCUGCUGGAAAUGCUGGGAUGUCCCUGGAAAAGAUGGUGCUGGAUGGCAGUAUAUGCUGCUCCAAAAGUUGUACAUAUCUGUCUGCAUUAAUGGUGUUCUCACAGGCAUGUGAGUUACCCAUGCCAUAGACACUGACACACCCCUGGCCCAUACAGACACUGGCUUUUGGAUCUGACACUAAUGACGCCUUGGAUGGUCCUUUUCCUCUUUGGCCCGGUAAACACGACGGCUGUGUUUUUAAAAAAAAAAAGAAUUAAAUGUGAACUCUUCGGACCAAAAAACACAGUUCUACUGUUCUACUUUCCAUCUAAGAUGAUGAGAUUUGUCCAGGUUCCUUGAAUAUUUUAACUAUAUUGUGCAAUGUAGAGGAUGAAAUGCCCAAAAUCCUUGCAAUUUGUCUUUGGGGAACAUUGUUCUCAAAGUGCUGAAUUAUUUGUUGAAGUAUCUGUUUGCAAAUUGACAAGUCUUGAACGAUCCUUGUUCUUGUAGGGCUCCUUAUACAGUAUACAGUACUAUGGCAAUAUUGCCUCACCUGUUUAACAUCUCCUGUUUAACAUCUGUUUCACAUUGCUUUAUUUCAACUAGUCAAAUUGUUAUUUGUCUUAAAUUGCCCGUGUCAAAUUUUUUUGGAGUGUGUUGCAAUCCAUCUGAUUUGAAAUUACUGUGUGUGUAUAUAUAUAUAUAUAUAUUUCACAAGGUAAAACAUCAUAUUAUGUGUAGUUGUAGUGCUUUCAAUAUAGCAAAUAGGGUGAUACAAAUCACUAAUUUUUGUUUUUAUUAGCGUUUUUUAUACUGUCCCCACUUUUCUGAAUUGGGGUUAUAGAUAGAUAAAUGCAGUAGAUAGAAAGAAAGGAUUAGGAAGAACAUUGCUGACAUUUACCAUGUUUUAAUGGUUUACAGGCAUAUUUGUCUAUUUUAAUUGAAUGUUACUAAUUAUAAUAUCAAUCUGCAUAUUGUUAAACUGAUACAUCAAAGUACUUUAGUCUAAACAAGGCCUGUCCAUGCAUAGUCCUGUCUUAAAUUUCAUUAAGUUAUUUUAUAUAUUUAGCCUUUGUUUUUUUUCAUGGCUUUGACGUUUGAUGUGGCUGAAGAUCACAUGGCAGCUUUAAGUAGAGUAGUUAGGUCUCCGCUAAAUGGCAAUUGACAUUUCAACAACGUUGAUUGAACCUUUUUUGAUGGCAUACUAUGGUACAUUGCUAAGUAUAUUUGACUGUCACAAAAGCAAUCAUGAGAAUAACCAACAGAAAAAACAACUGCACUUAAUUCCUGUAGACAAUAUUUCUGCAUGAAACUGUGACAUAAAGGACAAACAAUAACUAAGCUGCCUGAUUUUGAAUCUCUCAUAAUCUUUUAUUUAAUUUUUUAUAAAGACAUGCAAGUCAUUCAGUAGCAGUUUUUCCACAACCCCAUUUACCAUUUCACUGUGUAAUUGUUUUCCAGUUUAUUUGAAAUUAUUAAAAAAAAACAAAAAAAGGCAUGAUUCCCCACUGUAAAUGUUUUACCACAACAAUGUCUGUUUUGUAAUGGUGGUUUUGCAUUUUCAGUAAAAACAGUAGCAAAAAGAAUAAGGAACCACUUUUGUGAUGGCUUUUAGGUGAAGCAUUUUUUUAGGGGUUGGCUCCUUUUAUGCCUUGAAGCGAUCUUUAGUAUGCAUUUAUGACCAAAAUGAAACGAUGAUGAAGUAUGUUUUGCAUUUUAACUUAUAAACAGAGAAUUUAUUUGCAUUGUUAUCUAUGUUUUGAAUGUAUUUAUUAACAAACAUGAUACUGUAUUUAUACUGAGAUGAUUUAAUUUGCACCAUGUGAGAAUGAGAAAAAGGUUUGUAUGCUUUUGAUCUGCACUGACAAUGUUAUUCUUUGAACUUUGGGUUGUUUUGUAUGCUGAAUGUCUUGAUAUUAAACUUUUUAAUGUGGAUAUGCAUGUAUAUGUUUCCUGGAGUCAUCAAACUUCAAUGCGUUUAACAUUUUGUUGGAUUUGUCUCGCAAGUUCAGAAAAAUGCAUAUUCAGUGCCUUCGCAAAGUAUUCAUUCCCAUCAAUUGUGCUGUCUUUGGUGUGUUGCAAAGACAAAAGAAACCAUAUUUAAACAGUUGUUUUUUUCACAAAUUCCACCCCUUCCACUAUGUAUGGCAAGCCAUGAGUGAUGAGUGCAUGAAGUGUCCAAAAUUCCACAUUUUUUUACAGUUUUGAUGGUUGAAGAUCAUCCGGGUACUCGUACACUUCUUUUUGCUGCAUUUUCAGUGAAAAUUUACUUCUUGCACUACUUGAACUACAAAAUGGUGUAGAAUAGUGCAGAAGUGCUGUUUGGGAUGCAUCGUGUGUCUUUUGAAGCAGAAGAGAGAGACUGCAGAUUUGAAAUGAUCAUAUCAUCUGAAAACUAAUUCUGUCGACGUUUAGAAGUGCGCUAGUAUGACCUUAAAGUUAAUAGAUAUGGACUAAAAGCAGCAAAGCUGAUUUCAGUGGGUAUUUAAUUACUGCUACAAUGUAUCCAGCAGAACAUCAAUUAUGAAAGAAUAACUCUCUCUAAAAAAAACAAAAAGCAAGCAAGAGGCUUGAGGGUAGGGGCUACUCUCUGAAGGCAUUGUAGUUUAAGUUUCAUAUUGGUAAAUUAUUUAUUUGCUAUGUCAUUACAACCGAUUCCUGCCAUAUCAGUCCAAGGUCCAUGCCCAUAAUCUCAAAUCAGCAAAUAUGUUUGCCCACAAAAGGAAGAUGUGGGAAUGUGUUAAUGAGGAACAUUCUUAGAAUUGCUAAAUGCGUGUUAUUUCAGCAAAUCAAAACCACGUUAUGUUCCACGAGAAUAAACUCGUUUAUCUCUAGUCAUAUUUUGGGCCCUGAGAAAUGUCAAUCUGUUUGCUUGAGAAGCACCUUUUAAUAUUUGAGGCCCAUUUUUCAAAGCAUUUGUCAUCUUAAGCACACCUCAACUAAUAAACAAAUACCAGGAAUUUUUACAAUCAAUAUUUAAUGUUCAAUUGCUGCCUGGUCUUGUGGUAUAGACCUGCAUAAUGUAUGUAUCAAAGCAGUAUUGAGCAAUGGUAAAAAUGCCAAAGUAAACAUAUCAAGAAAUGUCAAAGAGAAUUUAUAGAGAACAAUUGAGCUUUGGUCUAUGUUGAUGCCCAUUUCUGUUACAGUGAUUUAAUUUACUUGCAUGCAUAUUUGUCCAAACAUGCACAUAGAGAUUCAUUAAGCUUAUGGCAUUCAGGUAGCCCUCUCUUCUCAACAUGGAGCACUAUCAGAAAAUCUACAAAAGGAAUACUUUCAUAGAAGUUGUGUGACAGUAUGGGGGUUGGUUUGGCUGCUCAAUACAUUGUCACUCACUGGUAUUUGAAGCUGUAAAAAGAGUUAAAAAAUCACUUUAAGGAAAGGUACUGAAAAGAUUUGUCACUGUUUGUGUGAAAUUUAUGAUUUUGAAUAGUGUUGUCCACGGCGAGUACCGGAAAGUCUGUAAAAGGUCAAAACUGAUUAAAUAUGUUUUGUAUAGUGCAGAGUAUAGCUCACUGACAGUUACACUGGUAGUUUUUACAAUUAAGUGUUAAAGGGGUUGCUCAAAAACAGGUGUGUUUUUCCCCACACAAGAAUUAACAGGGUGCUGAUAUUAUUCCGAUAGGAAUUUAAGACCAUCUCAUCUGUACCACACUAUCUGUACUUGAACUACUACAA